CAGGCCUGGAGGAAGUCCGCCCUGCCCAGUAGCAACACAGCCCAGGUGAGCCUACGAGAUCCCGCCAAGCCUGAAUUCAGAGUACGUACUAGCAACUCUCGCAUUGGUAGCUAGCCAGCCAGCAUUCAAUAUCCAUACCUCUCCAGGUAGUCUAUCCAUCACCUCUCCCUCCACAAAGGAUACCUACUGUAUACCUGUACCAUAGGAUCCUCUUUGCUCUCCAAACGCCUCUUCAUCCGUCAUGCCAGCUCCUCCCAAGCAACGUAAGAUAGCCAUUGUCGGUAGUCGAUCAGUCGGUAAGUUGGGAUGGUGAUGCUAUUGCAUGUGUUGUAGGGAAAGUGGCGGUCGCCGUUCAUAAUCAAAAGAAGGGGAUGGGGAAAGGGAAAGGGAAAGCGAAAGCGAAGGCCUUCUUAUCUUUCCACCUCCCAUCUCCCACCUUCCACCCAAUAUCUUCACAUCUUCACAUCCUCACAUCUACACAUCCUCACCACUGCACCGCCGCCUCUAAUUUCUCUCAUAGGGAAAUCUUCACUCACCGUUCGCUUUGUCGACGGGCAUUUCGUAGAGAGCUACUACCCCACCAUCGAAAACACCUUUAGCAAGGUCAUCAAGCACAAGGGGCAGGAAUAUGCCACGGAGAUCAUCGACACCGCGGGGCAGGUGGGACACUUUUAUUCCGAACUCUGAUCACUUUCCCAUUUGCCAUCCAUCAAAUCCAUGGAUGCGCACCAAGCACUUCUUGUCACAUGGCGCCACCACAUCCUCCUUCCCCCAACCAGAGGCGCGUGGCACAAGAACGUGGAAACCCCACGCUGACUACCUGAAUAGGACGAGUACAGCAUUCUGAAUUCCAAGCACUUCAUUGGGAUUCAUGGCUACAUGCUGGUCUAUUCCGUUGCCUCGGUUCAGUCCUUUGAGAUGAUUGAGGUCAUCAGAGAUAAAAUUCUCAACCACUUGGUAGGACUGCUUACCUAACUUGAUACAUCUUUCAAACUCUGAUAUCUUCAGGGCUCGGAAUGGGUGCCAAUCGUCAUUGUUGGUAACAAGAGUGAUCUACGGCCAGAGCAACGUCAAGUCACGGCAGAAGAUGGAAAGCAACUCGCCGAAUCCUUCAAUUGUGCAUGGACGGAAGCCAGUGCCAGAUACGAUGAAAAUGUCACCAAGGCCUUUGAGUUGAUGGUGGCACAGGUGGAGAAGUCGCAGAAUCCUAAUGAGCCAACAGGUGGGAACAAGUGUUUGCUUAUGUGAAUAUGAGAGGUUGGUUAUACGUUGAAACCCCUAGGGAGGAUUGGCUUUUGUGAGUUCAUGAUUUGUUAUACGACGGGCAUUGCAUAAUCUUUUUGGUUGGCAGGCGAUGCUUCCACGUUCUGGCGUUUGGUAGAGGUUUCCGAUAUUGCUUGGGCGUUUAACUCAAAGAGCAUGGUAUGAUUCUGUGGGCAAAUACAAUUGGAUUAAAACUAUACAGUAGUUUCUUC